AUGCCCUGCAGCAAUUACCCAGGGAAUGAUGUCAAUAUGGAGGUCUUCCGGACAAUGACAGAAGAGGAUCUUCGGGAAGUUGGCAUCACUAGUUUUGGUGUGCGAAGACAGUUGAAGUUGGCAAUAGGAAAGCUAAACAUGCCGGAGCCAGUGGAACAGAAACAUGCAGAUGAUGAGCCUGUACAUGUACCGAAAAUAAACCUUGAGGAAGAACUUUCUGCCAUUUCUGAUGGAAGAGAUGUAGUGAAGCAUUUGCGAGCAGGUGGAAGACCUUCAACUUCACAGAGGCAGUUAUUGGUUCGAGUUGCUGUGGCAACCAUGGUGGAGAAGGGUGGCAAUGGGCUAUGGCCAACUUCAAUGCAAAAGACUGAAAUGGCCAAACUUAUCACGAAGACAUACCCUUCGACACAGGACACUACGGAAGGGUUACAAGGUCAUGAACACUAUUACCACAAUGGGGCAGGAUUCAUAGAGUACCGGUUGAAGACCAUUCGGACGAAACUUAAGCCAGAAGAAAUGCAGAAACGCCGCCGCUCAUCAAGUACAGCCAUUCAGCCAGUACAGCCAGGAGCUGAUCAUAGUGAAGAGCAGCUUACAUCUGCAGAGGCCUUGAUGAGCCCCAAAGACGAAGAGAUGGUUAACUGGAUGAGAUACACCCCACCAAAUAAGGAGAACAAAUUGAAGCACGUUCAAUACUUAAAGGAAACCCACGAGUAUCGUAGGCAGUUCAUCGAAGGAGGGCAUGAUCAAAGGACAGCAACAGACAUAUUGAAUAUGUUUCCCCGAUUCCAAGACUAUCCAGAGUUGGUCAACAUUGAAUUUGGAAUAAUGUACAAGGACGCACAGGAUAACUUCAUUACCAAAUGGAGAGCUUAUCGAGAUGCCAUUAUCGCAAUCGCAAACAAAGAGUACCUUGCAGUGCGUGAGCUUAUCGCCUCUUUUGAGGAUGGAAACAAGGACCUGUGUGGACUCAGCUCCCUUGUGUACAUGCUUCAUCGAUCGGUGAACAAGACCAAGUCCAAAUAUGGAUCUUGCACUAGCAGCAGAAGAUCAGGAGCCUUGUUGCACCUCAUACAACAUAAACCACUAGGAACAGAUGUUGCUGGUGCUGUUGAGGGAAAGGAGGAGGAGUACCGACAGCCAUUUCUGUUAGCGCUGGGACAGAGCUCCAUCAAUCCUACCCAGUUCUUCAUCGUUCUUGACCGUAUGGUCAUUCCAGCUGGAUUGGACCUUGUACCUGCCUUUGACAGACUGUUCAAGAUCCAUUAUGUUUUUAACAUUAGCUACUCCCCAAACUUGCAAAAGUUUUGGGAGUUUGUGGAUUCAGUGAUCUACAAGGUAAUGGCCCCAACUAAAGCCAAGUCCCAAGUGCGGGAGUUGGGUUCUGCCGUUAGGGCAAUGAUAGACAGCAAAUAAUUUCUGAGGUGAUCCACAUUGGCCAUUGUAGUUUUUAAAGGGAAAAUACAACAUU